AUUGCUUUCUAUUAGUUCCAAAGGCACCACAUAGGUAUAGUCAGAUUCUGUACCUCGUAGAGUUUCCAAAAUAGAGUGUUGCUUUGGAUUGACGACGCUGCUAGGGCUCUACUGGCUGCUACACCGUCACCGGAUGGGGCUAAUAGCUGUCUUUCGGGUUACUAACUACUUACCUAAGUACCUACCUACUAAUAAACUCGGAUAGGUAGUUGCAUCGGAUAACUGAAACUGAAAUCUGGCGUCUAUGUCGUCCCUAUUAUAUUUGUGGCUAUCACCGAAAUUCCGUGCCUACUGUUAUGUUUCCAAAAUGUUUAAUGUAGUCGGAAAUAGUCUAGUUGCAGUUUUAAAUCAUAAGUACCUACCUAGGUAGGCACAAACCUAUUAUAGCUACCUAUUUAUAGUACGUAGCUAACGAACUAACUUUCAAACGCUUCUUUUAAAUGCUUCGAACUUAUGAGUCUUGUGUCGUACUGAUCUGGGCAAAUUCCAUCAGCAACGUAAAAUAUUUAUGCAGACUAAUGCAUAGGUAGGAUCAAUGUUACAAAACUGCAUAAAUAGGUAGGUAACCCUACAUAGGUACUUAAUAUUGAUUACCACUAUGAGUGGUUUCCAUGCAACUCAUUUGUUUAUUAGCAAAGCGAAUAGGUAAAAUGCCCACUAAAACUACUUAUUGUGUGAAUGACUUCACGAUUUGACAAAUGAAAAUGUUAAAAGAAUAAAAAAUAUUAUAAUGGAAGAAAUUUUGAAUAAGGAGCUGUUUGAUGAAAAGGAGUUAACGAAGCAUUCGCCAGAUUAUAAUCCUCAAGAUAUUUAUUUACGUAUGCAGCUUAGAAGGGAGCUGGUGAAAGAUACACACAACCAUGGCGUUACAGGGCGUACUACCAGUUGCCAAAAAAAAAAUAUUAAGAAGACAAAAAGCUGUUAUAAAACAAAAAAAGAACUUGUAAAGUUACGAGCUUAUUUCCAGAAUAAAAAUUUACAAAAUCAAUGCAUGUUGAAAGAUAUACAACGUAUCACCCAAAAUAAAUAUUUACGAGUAAGUAACAGCACCAAUCGUGAUAGAGACUUGCUAGAUAUUGAUGAAAGUGGUUUAAUAGGAGACGAAAUUGCGUUUUGUACGGGCGACGCAGCCGACGAUCAAGCUAAUUUAAUAAUAGAAAAUGAUAGUGAGUUUAAAUUAAUAAUGAAGAAAAAGUGUAAUUUACAAAUGGGCAAUAAUAAUUACAGAAAGUGUAACAAAUCUGUGGCUAAUAAUUACGGUAAAAAUAUCAAUAACAGACUCGUUUAUGAAUCCACUGAAAUUAAGACUAUUAGUGGAAUUGGUAUGGAUGAUGCUAAAAUAACAUUCAAUCAGGAGAAAGUAAUCUGCACUGAUGCACUAUCUACAUGUAACGAGUAUAAAGACGAUCUACAGUCACUUUUAAUAAUGAUGACUAUUCAUUCAACUAUAGACCAAAAUAUUAUUGAAUCAGAUAAAUUGACACAUAGAGAAAUAUCACCGGCAGUUUCCAAAUCCUGUGAUUUCAGCGUUGAUGUGUGCGAUUCCUCCAAACAUAUAAAUGAAUCAGAAGAUAAAAUUGAAACUGGUGAUUUAGAUACUAUAUUGAGCAUACAACCUAUAAUCAAGGGCUUGACUCUACGGCAAAAAUAUAUCAUUAAAAAAUAUAUUAACCUAUGGAAAUUAUUUGUGAAUACCAAGAGAGAGAAUCGAAUAUUGCAACAAAGACAAGAAACUCUAAAUAUUUUUUUUGACAAACUUACUAAAAAAAAGAGCAGUGCGAGUUCUAAUAGUGAACCCGAUCGAAUGAAAUCAAGUAAUCUUGCUCGAGAUUAUAAUACAUAUCGACAUCGGUAUAAAAUACAAAAACACAUAAUUGCAUUGCAAAAAGCCAAGCUAGAAGAGCAAAAUAAAAUCAUAGAACAAUUAAAAUAUAACAAAAUUGUAGAAACUUCGCGCCAAUCACUUGAGACUAUGAGAGAAGAUAUACGUAAAGCCUAUUAUGACAUUGACAAACAUUUGAAGCCGAAAAUUAAGUGUAUAACCAACGAGCUCAAACUAAAAGAUUUGGAAGAGCCAUCACUCGUUCUCCACUGCUUAAAAGUACCACAGUUUCUUCAAAGAAUGGAAGCAAGAGCUCGAGAAAGAGAUGAAAAACAUGCAAUCAUACGUGAAAGAAGAAAACAGAUGGAAGAAGAACGCAUACGACUAAAGCAACAAGCAGAGCUGGCUAAAUCAGAAAUGGACAAAGAGGAGAAGAUGAAAAGAAUAAAAGAGUUAAGAGAAAAAAGGAAGCGAGAAAAAGUAGAAAACAUCAGAAAGAAGCAACACGCCGAGAGAUUGAGAGCCCUGAUAGUAAUGGCCGACUUACACUAUGAGAAAAAUCUAAUGGCAAAAUAUGGUAUCAGGCCUUUUAGAAGACUGUUACAAAUAAAGCAUGACAACAUGGAAAAGGCCAAGGCACACUACAGAUUCCAGACUGUAAAGAAUGUAUUUUUAAACUGGAUGUGGCACACGGAAGAUAUGUGGUUUGAGCGAAAUUAUAAAGCUGAAGAUUUUUACAGAAAAAAAAUUUUGAGAGUUACUUUUGACAGUUUAAAAAAGAAUCAUCACAAAUUUGUAUUAAAAAAACAAGUUGCAGAAGAUUACUACGAUUUAUAUGUUACACAACUGGUGUUUAGAAAAUUCCGUGAAGGUAUAGAAAUUAUUAAGAAAGAACUUGAAAUCAAAUUCGCAAAGGCAACGGUAUAUUAUAACAGCAAUAUUUUAUUCAAAACGUUCACCUGUUGGAGGUCGCUACCGGCUCUCAAUGCCUUAAAACGAGAGCAAGAUGCGAGAAAGUUAAAAUGGAGGCAGAAAGUGUUAUUGGUUGUGCCAGAUUAUAAACCACCCGAGGAUUAAAAAUUAAAGCGCAUCUAAUCCAACAAAAAUAGUAACCUACCUAUUAGCCUAAAAAAAUAAUUGUACCUAUUUAUUUCAUAUUUAAAUAAGAGAUCACUCAGAAUUUCGUGUUUUAUUGAAGGAAAAAAGAAGCAUUUUCUAAGCUUUCCAUUCAAAUGUACUUUUUGAGAACUCACUCGGCAUUAUUGCUGUGUCUACUGUCAUGUCAAAAGUACGAUUUUAGCCACCUUAUUGUAAGGGUAAACCGCUCAAGCUACUCGACAUUGGCGAAGGGCAUUAUGCUGGGUUGGCACUACAAAAAGCCACCAAUCAAGUAAAGAAGAAGGGUAAACCAUACUUUUCACAUGACAGUGACCCAUAGAGCAAAAAUGUUGAGUCAGUUCUCAUUUAUGCACUACACUUUGAUUAAACCAAUAUGUACUGUCAAAAUUCA